AUGAAUAAGUAUGGCAGGAUAAUGUUUUCAAAAUUCAUGAAACUGGAAGAAUUUUACCCUGAGACGUACCGAAUGGAUAUAAAAAGUGAACGUCACGCUUUCUACCGAAUUUUCCAAGAAGGCCAGAUUUGGAUAUCCAAACCUGCUGAGUCAUCCCAGGGAAAAGGAAUCUUCCUCUUGAAGACUCAUGAUGAUGUAAAAGCAUUUUGUGAAAAAUUGGAAAGUGUGGAAGAGAAUCCCUACAUCAGAAUGUGUUUCUACAAUUCUCCUAUUAAUAGAAUCGUACAAAGAUAUGUGGAUGAGCCCUUACUCCUGGAGGGCAGGAAGUUUGAUGUCCGCUCCUAUUUCCUGAUUGCCUGCACCUCACCCUAUGUGACUUUCUUUCGCCAUGGUUAUGCCAAACUGACCUGUAAUGAAUACAGUCCAAAUUCUGAUGACCUGACGGAUCACCUGACCAAUCAGUUCAUCCAGAAAAAGAACCCCAGGUACAGUGACAUGAAGGAGGACACGAUCUGGUCCAUGGAACACUUGAACGAGUACAUUAAUGAGAAGUACAUGAAGUCAAAGCAUCUCCCAAAGGACUGGGUCUUCACUGUUUUUACGAAAAGAAUACAGCAGAUCAUUACCCAGUGCUUCAUUGCCAGCAAGGCCAGGCUGGGUAGUAAACUGGGCUACUUUGACCUUCUGGGUUGCGACAUUAUGAUUGAUCAAAAUUUCAAGGUCUGGUUGCUGGAGAUUAACUCAAACCCAUCUUUGCAGAGAAACUGUGCGAUCCUCGAAUCUGUCAUCCCCAAAGUAUUGAAUGAAGCUCUUGAUUUGGUGCUUGAAAUAUUCAAAAAAUGUAGCAGUGGAAUGUAUAUCAUGCCACUGGAAACACAGAAAGAAUUUGUCCUGUUGUAUAAUGGUUCCCCAAGAGAGCCAUUUACGAAAACAUUUGAAGACAGGCUAGAAUGCAGGAGAGCAGAGACAGCAGCAAUUCUUAAACAUCCUCAGCAAUCUGAGAACAGGUCUCAGGUAAAGGCUGUAACUAGUUUUGACUUAAUGUCAGCAGCAGACCCUGCCUCAUUUCAGACAAGACUUCUGCCCAGGUUUACCUCACUGCUCAAUCAGGGGCCGCCCCCAGAAAUUUCACUUGUACAACACCAGUGCUCUGCCAGGAGUAAACAUAACAGUAAUGUUCAGUCUGGUGAUUACUCAGCCAUUGCCUCCUCGGAUAAACGGAGUCUUCAGAAGCACAGUCCAGAUUUAGGUCUUUCCAAGCGAAAAACAGUAGCUCCACAUUCAAGGCCAGCCCUCACCAAGCGACGUUCAGCCAACCCCCAGCUACGUAAGAGUUUACAGGACAGCCUCCUCACAUUUAAUGCUUCCUUUCAUUCUCUGAUCAUCACCAGGAACCCACUUAGUUCCAAGAAGGUUGUGUCAAAACCAUCUAAGAUGAAGGUUGACUCCAAAGCAAUCAACACAUGA